AUGGCGGGUCCGCCCGCCGUCUCGUCGUCCUUCUCCUCCUCCUCUCGCCGCCGCCGGUCCCCCCCGGUGCCUCCGGUGCUGCUGCUGCUGUUACUGCCGGGCUUGUGCCUGCCGUGCGGCGGGGCCGGGCCCGGGGGAUCCGCCCGGAGCCCCAACGUGCUGCUGCUCCUCACCGACGACCAGGACUCGCUGCUGGGCGGCAUGACACCACUAAAGAAGACCAAGGCCCUUAUUGGAGAUAUGGGGAUGAGCUUUUCCAGUGCUUAUGUGCCAAGCGCUCUGUGCUGUCCUAGUAGAGCCAGCAUCCUGACAGGGAAAUAUCCGCACAACCAUCACGUCGUCAACAACACCUUGGAAGGAAACUGUAGCAGCAGAUCUUGGCAGAAGAUUCAGGAGCCAAACACCUUCCCGGCCAUUCUCAGAUCGGCGUGUGGAUACCAGACAUUUUUUGCUGGAAAGUAUUUAAAUGAGUACGGUGCCGAGGGUGCGGGAGGAUUGGAGCAUGUACCCCCAGGGUGGAGUUACUGGUUCGCUUUGGAGAAGAACUCUAAAUACUACAAUUAUACUCUCUCAAUCAACGGGAAGGCCCGGAAACAUGGUGAAAACUACAGUCAAGACUACCUGACUGAUGUCCUGGCAAAUGUUUCCUUGGACUUCCUGGACUACAGAUCAAACUCUGAACCUUUCUUCAUGAUGAUCUCAAUGCCUGCUCCUCACUCCCCGUGGAUAGCAGCCCCCCAGUACGAAAAGAGCUUCCAGAACGUCAACGCUCCAAGAAAUAGCAACUUCAACAUCCACGGGAAGAACAAGCAUUGGCUAAUUAGGCAAGCCAAGACCCCGAUGACUAAUUCUUCGAUUCAGUUUUUAGAUGAUGCAUUUAGGAAAAGGUGGAGAACUCUGCUGUCGGUUGAUGAUCUGGUAGAAAAAUUAGUGAAGAGGCUGGAUUUCCGUGGAGAGCUGAACAACACUUUCAUUUUUUAUACUUCAGACAAUGGCUACCACACAGGGCAGUUUUCUUUGCCGAUAGACAAACGGCAGCUGUAUGAGUUCGACAUUAAAGUUCCCUUGCUGGUUCGAGGACCUGGAAUCAGACCAAAUCAGACAAACAAGAUGCUUAUUGCAAACAUCGACUUGGGGCCCACUAUUUUGGACAUUGCAGGUUAUGACCUGAACAAGACACAGAUGGACGGGAUGUCAUUGUUGCCACUGCUGAGGGACAAACAGAACGUGACUUGGAGAUCAGAUGUCCUGGUCGAGUACCAAGGAGAAGGUUACAAUGGCACCAAUCCAACCUGCCCCACCCUGGGCCCCGGAGUCACCCAUUGUUUCCCCGAUUGUGUGUGCGAGGAUGCCUACAACAACACGUACGCCUGCGUGAGGACAAUGUCUGCCUCCUGGGACCUGCAGUAUUGUGAAUUCGAUGACCAGGAGGUGUUCGUGGAAGUCUACAACCUGACGGCCGACCCUCACCAGAUUGAGAACAUUGCUAAAACCAUAGAUCCCGAACUCUUAGGGAAGAUGAACUACCGGUUAAUGAUGCUGCAGUCCUGCUCGGGAUCAACCUGUCGCACGCCGGGGGUUUUUGACCCAGGGUAUAGAUUUGACCCCCGACUCAUGUUCAGCAAUCACGGCAGGGUCCGGACGCGCAGAUUUUCGAAACAGUCCUUGUAGCCGCCCCGCCCCAGCCUCCUCCUCCUCCUCCCGAGCCUCGCCGUGGGAUCCCUGUGCACAUCUCUCUGAUGGAAGUGAUUGUAGUGGGUCUGUGUGUAGCUAAUCUGCAAGACCACGCCCGAAAGAGUUUCUCCACCGGCUUUUCGUCUUGAAAGUCCUGUGUGAAACCGACCUAAUGAGCUGGCUGCCUUGUGCAAUAUGUGUAUUUUCAACUGUGAACUUUAAUUCUCAACACGGAGAGCUGCGGGCUAAUCUGUG